UGUGAUCAUAGUUUCCUUGUUGGCCAAUCAAAACAAGCAGAAACUCUGAAGAGAGGAGAAAGUGUCUGGUUGUUUUUCAUUCCACGCUUCAAUUUCAACAUGACGACGUCUCCCAAAUUAGUUUUCUAUCUGACGUGUUUGCUCUUGGGGAAAAUGGCUCAGAUGAAUAACUUCAUUCUGUCCUCAACUGGUCAUCGAGACAGGGGAUUUAUAUUAGUUGAUGUUGGUGAAAGCUUCACUUUGCAGUGUCUCUAUGUCAGUGAUGAUACAAAGUAUUACUGGUUCAAGCAAACACUGGGACAGAAACCACAACUUAUCUCCACAUACUACAAGUUUUCUAAUGGAAGCACUUUUCAUGGUGAAUUUAAGGACAAUCAACGUCUCACACAGGAAACUUUUCACCUAAAAAUUUCACAUGUACAACUUUCAGACUCAGCUACUUACUACUGUGCAAGAGGUAACUCAUUUAUAUUAGAAUUCAUGGAGGGUGUCACUGUCAGUGUAAAGGGUUCAGGGUGGAACAUCCAGGCUCGGGUCCAUCAGUCGGCAUCUGAGAUCGUCCAGCCAGGAGGCUCUGUGACCCUCAGCUGCACAGUUCAAAAUGGGACCUGUGACGGAGACCACAGCGUUUACUGGUUCAAGGACUCUGAAGAGCCUCACCCAGGAUUAAUUUACACCCAUAGAGACAGGCAUGAUCAUUGUGAGAGGAAACCCAACACACAAACACACAGCUGCACCUACAACUUGUCAAUGAAGAGCCUGGACCUCUCUCAUGCUGGGACCUAUUACUGUGCCGUCGCCUCAUGUGGACACGUCCUGUUUGGAAACGGAACCAAGCUGGACUUUGACGACUGUCACAGGGUCUCCAUGUAUUUCAUCAGUGGAGCUUUGAUAUUCACCACCAUCCUGAGUGUUUCGCUGGCUUUCUUACUUCACAAGAGAAGCUGCUGCAGAUGUUCAGAGUCUUGUGCAGUGAUAUCACCUCCCUCCACAACAAAUACAGAGGUUUACCGAGAUGCAGAUGACCUCCAUUAUGCUGCUUUUAGUGUUAACCUGCCCAACAGAUCAAGACGACAGAGAGAUAAUGCAAUGGAUGAAUGUGUCUACUCCAGUGUUAGACAGUAGAACUGUUUCGUUUGUGCUGUCUUUGUUGGUAAUUUGGGAUUUCUCAGUCUUUCUUUAGAGGUGUAACAUACUGUAUGUGUAACAAUAAAAUAUAAAAAUAUAUACAUUUAAUUAUGAAAAGUACAGAGUAAAGUCUUGGCUCGUUGUCCUGCAGCUUUAAAAAACAGAUGCUUAUCCCCUCAAGCAUAGAUCUAAAUGAUUGUAAAAGGUUUAUUUUGCUCAUUAAAUCAUAUGUUGUGUUUCCCACAAUCCCCCACUUAUUAAUUGGUAGCCUGAACUCCCCAGACUCAGUAUGCCACCGGUGACCCCCAUAAGGUGAUCUUAUCAAUUAAAAACACAGAAAGAAAAAAAUUCACAGAAACUAAAGUCUCUCUCUCUGCUGCUGCAGUGAAAUACUUUCUGCAGAAGUCGAGAUUUUAGCUGUCUUAAAAGUUUAACUCAUAAGCCACACUGUGCAACAUCAUGAACUUUGGUACGACAUCAGAAUGAAGACAGUAAGACGAUAACACUUACUGACCCAUUGGCUACAUCGCAAGUCAAGAGUCAGAGACACAAGGCUGAGAGCCAGGGGAAAAACAUGAGACUAAACUCGUUCCCCAGCUGCCGAUUCUGCUCAAUGCUAUUCCGUGGUAAAGACAAACAAACAAAUAUCUGGUCACUUGCACACAUAAGAAUCACCAAGUGAGGCAGACGUCAUUAGUAUUAGUUACAUGUCUGUGUGUUGACUGAUGCUAAAUGGUUGCAUCUGUUAUUUGACUUUCUGCACAUGUAAGGUUUGUUCCUCUCCCUCUCUCUCUCUCUCUCUCUCUCUCUCUCUCUCAAUUAUUCAUUUUUUUUCAAUUCAAUUCAUAGGGCUUGAUUGGCAUGAAAGUUUAAACAACAAUGUUGCCAAAGCAUCAAAAUACAAUUUAUCCGAACAUUUUGACAGAACACAACAAACAGUAAAACGAAUAUUAAUACAACAUUAAGAUUGAUUUAUAUCUAUUAUAUAUACAGUGUGUAUGUGUGUGGGUGUGUGUGUGUGUGUGUGUGUAUGUGUGUGUGUGUGUGUGUGUGUGUGUGUGCGUGUUUGUGUGUCGGUCAUUCACUGUCCCUCAGGUUGUGGCAUGUUGAUGCAUAUUGUGCAGCAACAUAUGCUCUGUCUCCUUUUAAUUUCAAUUUUGAGACAUCAUUUAGCUCUUGGAGGCUGACAUCAUAGAGUUGAACUUGUUAAAAUAAAUGUUCGUUGUUUCAUU